AAAAAAAAAAAAAGAAUCGGAAAAAUAUGAAAAUGUUCACAUAUAAAAGCUUUCCCAUGGUCCCCAAUUUUACAGUUAGGCAGGUAGGUAAUCGAAUACAAUCUUAUUCUACAAAACACAGAAACCCAGAACCGAAAAAUAAAUCAAAUAAAAAAGAAAAAGGAAAAAAGAAAACGAACAGACCAACCGAUCAUGACGGUCCCAAACGACAAGGCUUUGAAGAACGACGACCAUCAUUCCGGUGAGUCGGAACUUGGAGGCGGCGGUGAUGAGGCUGAGUUGGUGGGUGUAGGGGAGGGAAGCAGUGGUGGAGGAGUUCAAGGUGGGAGAGUAAAGGGACCCUGGUCGCCGGAAGAGGACGCCGUGUUGAGUAGACUCGUCAGCAAGUUUGGGGCGAGGAAUUGGAGCUUGAUCGCUCGAGGGAUUCCUGGUCGGUCCGGGAAGUCUUGCCGGCUUCGAUGGUGUAAUCAACUCGACCCCUGUGUUAAACGAAAGCCGUUCACCGAUGAAGAAGACCGUAUUAUAGUUACAGCCCAUGCAGUACAUGGAAACAGAUGGGCGGCAAUUGCAAGGCUUCUGCCAGGGAGAACAGAUAAUGCAAUCAAGAAUCAUUGGAAUUCUACUCUAAAGCGCAGGUAUGCUGACCUAGGAAGGUUUAAAUCAUCCCCUGGUGACAUUGUGGAAGAUGGCAGCCUUGAUAGAACAAAAGCAUCUUCCGAAGAAACCCUAUCAUUUGGGAAUAUUAAUUCAUUAAGGACCAUGGAAGGAAGGGAUAUCUCUAUGGAUAAUAGACCAGAUCAGUAUGAAGAAAAAGCUCCAGCAAAUGAAGACUAUUGUGUUGCUGAACCGCAUGACCAUCCUCACCUUGUUACUGAAGUGAAAGACUGUACUAUUCCUUGUCGACCAGUGGCACGAGUCAGUGCAUUUAGUGUCUAUAACCAUCCAAGUGGUGCAGUAAAUGCCCCUGCGAGGACAGCCCCAACUAACGGACCUAUGCUUCAAGCCUCCAAGCUAGAACUUGGAGCGUGCAAAUUUCUUGAAAAUGUUUCUGGUGAGCCUAUGGUUCCGUUGCAAUGUGGUUUUGGUUGCUGUGCAGAUUCAACUGGAAGACCCUCUCAUAGGUCAUUAUUGGGACCUGAGUUUGUUGAAUAUGUGGAGCCUCCAUCAUUCCCAAGUCAUGAAUUAAUCUCUAUGGCUACAGAUUUAAACAACAUAGCAUGGAUAAAGAGUGGACUUGAGAACAGUGACUCCAGAAUACCAGUCAAUGCAGGAAACAUGGAACCCUUCCAAGGCACUGCCACCACCUCAAGCGUGGGAAUAUUGGAACAGAACAAAAAGGACGACCAUAUGCACAUGGAAGAAGGCCAGAACAAGUUGAUGGGCAUGAUGGCAGGAGUUUUAUCAACCCAGAUGCCUAGACAAACUUUUGUAAUGCCAUCAGAAGUUGAGGGUCUGAGCUAAUACUCAUGGCUGACUGUUCUUUUUUGGGUGUUUUCUGGUAUGGGAGGAUGGUAUAUAAUCAUAUCAGUAAAUUGUCACAGUUUUACGCUGUCAAUACUAGCCUGAAAUUUGCUUCCCUGAAGCGGAUUUCGUUUGGUAGGUGAAAUUAUCAUUUGAGAAUCUAAUUACAUAUAUGUGAAACUAUAGCAUUGCUUUGGA